UCAUUCCUUUAACUAAUUUAUUCAGAACAGGAAACAAGAGGGGAAGGUACGAAAUAAGAAGUAUAAAGUUAAACUAAAGCAACGUCAGUUUUUUGUUAGAUAUGACAGCCAGAGUGGAAGGAGUGAAGUUACAGAGACACUUUUGUCUCCAUCAGGAUCGAACUCAGGAUGAAUAUCCACCACGUUCUGUUCUUCUGCUUCAUCUCAGCUCUGUGUGGAGACACCGGGCUCGUCAGCGCAAGACUCCACAUUUUUACAGGAGCUGAGGGAGGAAGGGGUUCAAUUUCAUGCUACCUGUCUCGGCCUAAAACUACAAAGUACUUCUGUAAAGAAGAAUGUGAAGCAGAAAACACUCUCGUUAAAACAGUAGAUAUCAGGGCUCAGAAUGGCAGAUUCAGCACUGAAUAUAGAGGAGAAUCUUCUGGAAGAGGAGUUCUGACUGUGACCAUCACAAAUCUGACCAAGUCUGACGCAGGACGGUACAGGUGUGGUCUGGGAACAGAUCUGGUUCAAGACUCAUACUGGGACUUUGAGAUCAGAGUUUCAGAUGAACUGCCAUUUCGAAACACUGGUUUUGCCCGUACAGAUACUGAAGGAGAGAAUAUCACAUUCGGAUGCAGCGGGACAGUUUACAAAAAGCAGAAGUUCCUGUGUAAGGAUGAAUGUAAAACAAAAGAGGACAUUAUCAUUGAAACUAAUGGCAACAGAACUCAGAGAGGCAGAUACAGCGUUGAGUAUAGAGAAGGAUCUACAUUUGGACUCUAUGUGACCAUCACAAAUGUGAGCAAGUCGGACACCGGAUGGUACAAGUGUGGCUACGGCAGAGCUUUGUCUCCAGAUUCAUCCAACAGAGCCCCGGUACUCGUCGUUGGUGCAUCAGACCCGUCAGCCUCCUGGACAACUCAGAGUUUCACACCUCCAUCAGUUUCCCCCGUAACCAGCAACCAGGGAACAGUGCUCCUCGCUCCUCGGGUGGUCUGCGUGGUCGUUAUCAUCGCGCUCUCGGCUGCUGUCCUGCUUCUCGUCAACAAACUGAAGACAAACAGGACCUCAGACAACAUGAACCUGGAGUGUUUCAGCCACGAGAACCGUCCUCCAGGCGUCACAGGCGAGGAAUGCAUCUACGAGAACGUCGAUCCAGACAGCAAGGAUCAGCACAAGAACUACUACACACGACGCUCAUGAGCUGCUCUGAAUUCACACCUGGACUCUGUUACUCAAGACCAAAACUGCAGAGUCUGUAUUUUGAAUUUUACAGCCUAUAAUGUGCUGGCAAGGUUCCAUUUUAUGCAUGGCCGUAUCCAGCACUGAGGUCACCGAGGUCCGGACCUCGGUAGUGGACAUCAUGAAAGUUUUCCUAUAAUUUCCUAAACAUAACUCUGCUUAAAAGAUGCAAGAAUGGAUGGAUGUUUGUUGCUAGGUAGCCUCGUCACUGGCAGAGUUCAUGCUGACGGUUCAGAUGUCCGUAAAUACUUAAGAACCAUGGUGCUUUUUCAUCCUUGGACUGCGUCAUGUGUGAACUCUGCCCUGUUCUAGCCGCGGUGUUGUCAUGACUUCAUUCAUGACUGUGGUAGCAUAUAAAUAGUCAUAUCAGCUGACCAUGCGUUCACUUUAUUCACUGUCAGAUGAAAAUGAAAAGAUUGCAUCAGGCAAAGCUGAACUUUUGUACUGGAAAAGAGACUGAGGUGUAAUUGUCCGCUGUGUCCCUGUGCUGGUCAAAACUAACAAAACAUUUUCACAACACAACAUAACUGCAAGAGUGAAGUUGCUGUGUUAUGCAUUUUUGUAUUUUUUUUUUCCUUAUUCUCUUUGUCUUUGUCAUAUUAUCUUUUACACUGUAUAACAAAAUGAAAGGAAAAAAAACAGUGAUCAGAUCAAGUAGGCUAAAUAAUGUAGUCAAAAGGAUAAUUUUGUAUUUAAGUCAAACAAAAUGCAGCCGGGCCCCCCGAGCAUAGAUGUGGUCUGCGUAGCAAAUUUACAUUUUGGACCUCUGUAUUUCUAAAAUCCUGCAUAUGUUUUGCUUUUUUUAUUGUAUCAUGUUCUAUUUUUUGUUGUUUUUUUUCUUGAUUUUUCUCCUUCUAAACUUUGAGCAAAUAAAUAAGUGCAGUCCAAUAAUUUAGGCCGUGUUGUAUUUUGUAAUGAAAGUCAAGAGGAACCAGAUUUACUUCUGACUGUUAUUUUAAAUGUAUUUGUCACACUUUACAUUGUGUUAUGUUCACAUUUUCCCAAAAUGUUAUUGAGUGAUGUCAAAUUGGUGAAACAGCGCCACUCUGGAGUCAAAUGGGUGGUAAAUGUCAGUCAAUCUGUGUGGUGAAAGAUGGUACUGCACCUUUAGGGAGGACAGAAGGGACAGAAAAACAUAAAACAUAUCAUUCAUGAAAAGCUAAUUUAUCUUGUUGAUCCAUAAAAAUGUCAAAGAAAUACAUGAAAAUAUCAACGUGUUUACAAAAAUACUGCAGUGAACUGAAACCGUGACUGAUUUUUCCUCAAAGAAAUAUUUGUCAUGUUUGUCACAUUGCAUUUUUAUUCCUAAAAUGUGACCAAAUAAGUGACAAUCAACAUUAAAAGAAGUACUGAUGUAUCUGUUACAGGUUAUAUCUUCAAUAUAAAUCAAAGGUGGUAGAUUAUUUUAUUUCGUUCAACAUUGAUUAAAUACACAUGAUUUUGAACAUACAAUUAUGUAACAAAACACAACUAAUAAGAUCACUUUCCUGUUAUUUGUAUCAAUUUAUUAUAACACUAACUGGCCAUAUUUAAAGGUAUUUUCAUUGUGUGCACACGUGUAAAUAAAUCUCCUCAAACAGUAAAAAGACAAAAAAAUAAACAAGAUCUUGUGUAAAAUAUUAGCUCAACUUUAUUAUGAUGAUUAAAAAUCACUGUGCCUGUGCUCUGAAUUUGUAACUACUCUGCAGUAGUUUGUGUCCAUGUUUGAUGCCGUCAGACUGACUGGCCAUCAAACCCAAGAACACGUUCGUCUGACGCUAAAGUUUCAGUAGAGAUGUUCAA